AUACAUAUCUCGUCAGCGUUGCCAAUCCAUCAUCAAUUGCACCCAUCUUGACGUAGGCACUUUCUCGGAGCUUCCUCACUUCGGCUCCAUUGUGUAUAUAUGUCGCGCUUCACUUCCCUCAGUGCAAUUUUCGUUGCUACAAUUUCCAUCCUCAUCAUCAUCUACUCUCCAAACCACUACCUCUCAGAGCUUCAAAGACUCGCCAGCAACAUCUUCACUACAAACAACAACAACAACACCAUUACUCUCACCCCAAACACCGACACAAUAGUCUCUUCAGAGAACCAGCAAAUGAUCAACACUGCUAAGAACGCCGCCAAGAACAUGUCCAAGUCACUCCACCAAGCCAAGAUCACCCCCCACAAGUCCAGCACUCGUGGUCACUCUGACCAUGGCUGGCUGAACACCUACCACAGCUUCUCCUUUGCCGACUGGUACGACCCUCGCUUCAACAACUUCGGCUCUCUUCGCGUCCUCAAUGAGGACCGCGUCAAGGCCAAUUCUGGCUUCCCUACCCACCCUCACCGGGACUUUGAGAUCUUCAGCUACCUCCUUGGUGGAGAGCUAACCCACCGAGACUCCAUGCUCGCCAAGGGCAAGGAGGGCGGCCAGUCUGACAAGUUCUUCCGCAUGCACCGCGGCGACGUCCAGUUCACCACUGGCGGCACCGGAAUUGCCCACUCAGAGUUCAACGAGCACAAGUCCGACACCGUCCACUUCCUCCAGAUCUGGGCUGUCCCGUGGAAGCGCGGUCUCCCUCCCAAGUACCACACCCGCCACUUCAGCGAGGAGUCUAAGCGCGAGGCCUUUGUCAAGAUCCUCAGCCCCCUCAAGGGAGGAGUUGACGCCACCGCCGAGCAAGAGAAGGCCGCCGAGGCUGUGAUCCCCGACACCAUUCCCAUCCACGCCGACUUCGUCAUGGCCGCUGGUAUCAUCGCCCCCACCAAGACUUUCGAGUGGACCGUCGGCGGCGAAGCCACCACCGAGACCAAGCGCAAGGUCUUUGUGCAUGUGCCCAUGACCAAGGGUGGAAAGAGCAAGAUCCGCCUGGACGGCCGGGAGGAUGCUGAGCUUUCCGAGGGCGAUGGUGCCUUCAUUGAGGGCGUCAACGCCGGAGACAAGCUCUCCGUGGAGAGCAUCGGCGAGGUCGAGGCCGAGGUUGUUGUUUUGGAUACGGCUUAAGCCUAACCAGCGAUAAUCUGACAGGCUGGCGAUCCGGAGUUCAAGAAUAAAAAUGUAUUUAGU